GGCGGCGCUGGCUGCAGUGGCGUCCCAGUUGCCAUGGAGCCCAACAACGCGGAGGAGCGGAGGUCCCCGGAGCCCCGGAGCUACGCGUACUCGGGGAUCACUCCAGCGCCAACCAUGGUUCCAGAAGAGUACAGCAGCCCCAGCCAGUCCACCUGGAAGUCUUCCAUGCUGUCCUCGCUCGCUUACCCCGAGGGGGUCCCCUCUAGCUUGGUGGCCCGGCCCCGGCGCGUCGGGCCGCUGGCACUGGUGCCACCUCCAGAGCCCAAGGUGCUGCGUCUGCGUCCGUCCUCUCUCCGCACUCAGGACAUCUCGCACCUGCUCACCGGCGUCUUCCGCAGCCUGUACUCGGCCGAGGUCAUCGGCGAGGACGUGAGCGCCAGUCUGAUUAAGGCCCGCGGCAGCGAGAAUGAGCGCCACGAGGCGUUCGUGGACCAGCUACAGCAGAUCCGAGAGCUGUAUAAGCAGCGGCUGGCUGAGAUCGGGAUGCUAGAGAGACACAUUAUCCAGGCCCGCGCACGGGCACUUGCGGAGACAGAGCGUGUCAUGAACCAGGCCCGAGGACCGACUGACGAGGUCUUGGUCAAGUUGCCUCCAGUGAAGACUGUCUUCAGGUGGUGCGUGGACAGUGAACUGCUACGCAAGCACCACCUCAUCUGCCCGGAAGACUACUACGACCAAACAGUGCCGUUUUGCUCUGCACCCAAAGGCUUGGACCUCCCGGGAUGCUCCAAGCCGACCUUUAGUUCUGAGAGGCAUUCCAACCAGAACAAGACUCUAACCCAGAAGCUGGCCCCGUGCCGGAAGGGGACGACAGUGUCCGAAGAAGAGUUAGACCACACAGUGGACAGCGAGAGUUGGGAUUUAACUCCCAAGCUCAAACUCAGGGCCAAAGAAACUGCCAAGGGUGCAAGUCCUCGGAAGAGCUACAAGCAGGCGAGCCAAGUAUGGACGCCAGUGGAGCAAGCCCUGCUCACCCGGAAGAGGAGCCGGAAUGACUUCCUGAGAAACCCUCGGUUUUCCCCCCCUAACACCCUGCAUGGCGGCAAGUCUCUCAUUUUUGCAAGCAAGAAGCCCGUGCCAGCAAGAGAUACGGAGAGCACGCAGCCUGAGUGGAGCUGUGCCGACACCCCAGUGUUUCUAGCCAAGCCACCGAUCGUGUUUUUCACAGAUUAUGAAAUUGGAUCAGUCUAUGAGAUGGUCAUCGCGCUGCAGAACACCACGGCUGCCAGCCGCUACCUGCGCAUUCUGCCCCCUUCCACACCGUACUUCGCCCUGGGACUGGGGAUGUUCCCAGGAGACGGUGGCAUGGUGGCGCCUGGGAUGACCUGCCAGUACACUGUACAGUUCAUGCCCGACUGCCUUGGAGACUUCGACGAUUUCCUCCUGGUCGAGACCCAAUCAGCCCACACCCUUCUGAUCCCGCUGCAGGCCCGGAGACCACCACCUGUGCUGACGCUGUCACCGGUACUGGACUGUGGCUAUUGCCUCAUCGGGGGAGUUAAAAUGACCCGGUUCACCUGCAAAAACGUGGGCUUCAGUACCGGCAAGUUCUGUAUCAUGACCAGAAAAAGCUGGCCACCAGUGAGCUUCAGGUCUGCCAUGGCUCCUGGCUUCGUUGAACAGCCUCCGUUUGGAAUCAUGCCUUCUGUGUUCGAGCUGGCUCCAGGUUCUACGACGUUGCUGGAGGUCGUGUUCCUCCCCACCAGCCUAGGCAAGGCUGAGCAGACCUUCGUCGUGGUGUGUGACAACUGUCAGGUUAAGGAGCUGGUGACCGUAGGGGUUGGGCAGCUGGUGGCUUUGGAUCUGAUCUACGUGUCCGGUGAGAAAAGUGAGCCACAGCCUGGGGAGCUCACGGACCUGACCGCUCAGCACUUCAUUCGCUUUGAGCCUGAGAACCCUCAGUCAACGGCAAGCAAACGGCUCGUUAUUAGGAAUGCCACGCACGUGGAACUGACCUUCCACUGGCAAAUCAUGAAGCCAAACCUGCAGCCCCUCAUGCCGGGAGAAACCUACAGUGCUGACAGCAUCAAGUGCCACCCGGACCGGGACACUGCCUUCUCCAUCACUCCCGGAAAGGGCGUCCUCUGCCCCCACAUGGACCACAAGUUCAUCCUGGAGUUUUCUCCCCACCAGCUGGGGACGUUUCACAGCGUACUUCAGAUGGUGCUAGAAGAAAUCCCUGAUCCGAUAAGCUCGGAGAUGGAGAGCCUGGAGCCGCACAGCUGCCCCACGGAGGACGUGAUCGUCUUGGAGGUGGAGGUGAAGGGAGCCGCAGAACCGUUCAAAGUCCUCCUGGAACCGUACGCCCUCAUCAUCCCCGGGGAGAACUACAUUGGCAUCAACGUGAAGAAGAGCUUCAAGAUGUGGAACAGCAGCAAGUCUCCCAUCCGAUUCGCCUGGGGAAAGAUCUGUGAUUGUCACAUCAUUGAAGUGGAACCCUGCACAGGGCUCAUAGAGCCCAACGAGGUGGAGGACUUUGAAUUGAGCAUCACUGGGGGCGUCCCUGGCCCAACUAGCCAGGACCUGUUAUGCGAGAUCAGACACUCCCCGUGGCCGGUGGUGUUACACAUAGAGGCGACCUUCAAGGGCCCCACCCUGGUGGUCAGCGUCUCGUCCCUGCAGUUUGGCCUGCUCCGCCUGGGACAGAAGAUGACGAAGGACAUCCAGAUCCGCAACGUGAGCCAGCUGCCGGCCUCGUGGCGCCUGAGGGAGAGUCCUGUGUGCCUGGAGGAGAGGCAAGAAACGGUGUCUCCCUUCGACAUUGAGCCUUCCAGGGGCCAGAUGCAGCCUCUGGGGGAGUGCAGAGUGACCGUCUCGCUGAGGGCCUCUCGUUGCCUCACACUGCAGACUGCGCUGGAGCUGGAGGUGGAGAACGGGGCCUGGAGUUACCUGCCUGUGUAUGCCGAGGUGCAGGAGCCCCAUGUGUACCUGCAGAACAGCAAGGUGGAGCUCAGCAACCUCUACCUGGGUGUGCCCACCCGGGCCAGCGUCACCCUCAUCAAUGGCACGCAGCUGCCCACGCACUUCCACUGGGGCAAGCUCCUGGGAGAGAAUGCCGAUUUCUGCACAUCGAAGAUCUUUCCCCGCUGUGGCCUGCUGGGCCCCAGGGAGGAGUGCAAGCUCCGGUUGGAGCUGACUUCACAGACACAGGAAGAGCUGACCCAGCUGGUCCUCCCGUGCUGUGUGUCAGGCAUGAAGAAGCCACUUGUCCUUGGUAUUUCUGGGAAAGCCCGGGGCCUCCAGGUGACCAUUGCCAUUUCCAUGGAGGGAUCCAAUAGCAGCAGUGUCUUCAGCACCAAGCAGUGGCCGGGCGACCUGGAAGAGCUCCACCUGGAUUUCGGUUCGACGGUGCCCCUGAGGACCCGUGUGGACCGCCGGUUUGUGCUGACCAACUGCUCCCCAAUACAGACCCCCUUCACCCUGCAAUUUGAGUACUUCGGGUGUCUCCACAGCGAGCCAGGCAGCAAGAAUAGCCUGCCGGAUGUGUCUCCUGCCCUGCUAAAGACCACUCGGAUUCAGAAGCGGUUGGUCACACGAGAACAGUGGGAUUUCAUGGAGAGCAUGCUGUCUCACGGGAAGGGAGCUGCCUUCUUCUCCAGCAUCUCCCAGGGCAUGCUGGGGCCCUACCAGCAGCUGGACAUCAACCUCACGGGCUGUGCAAACAUGUGGGGCGAGUAUUGGGACAGCCUCAUCUGUACGGUGGGCAACCUGCCCCCGGCAGUCAUCCCUGUGCACAUGGCUGUGGUGGGCUGCCCCAUCAGCUCCUUGAGGACCACCUACUGCACUGCGGGCCUUUACCAGAAGGAGCCCAUCAUCAGGUUCGGCGCGCACAUCUCUGGAGCAGACACCAUCACCAGGGCCCUGCGCCUGAAUAAUUCCAGCCCCUGUGACAUCCGCCUGGACUGGGAGACCUACGUGCCCGAGGUCAGGGAGGACCGGCUGUUGGAGCUGCUGCUGUUCUACGGGCCACCCUUCCCGCGGCGAGACGAGGCAGGCAAUGAGCUCGUGUGCCCUGGCACCUCUGAGAGCCACAGCUCCUCCCUGUCCCCAAUGCCCUCUGAUGGCUCCGAAUCCAGCUCUGGAGCUGCGGCCCCAUCGGAGGAAGAGGGUGGCUCUGGUGUUGAUGCAGCUAAGAUCAUCUCCGUGGUCCUGCAGGGCCACGAGGGGGUGCCCUGUGACUGCCCAUUCAGCAUCAGCCCCAAGCAGGUGGUGGUCCCUGCUGGGGGCAGCAGCACCAUCCUCCUUUCCUUCACACCCAUGCUGCUCGGUCCCGGCAUCCAGCACAAGGUGGAGCACACGGGCUACGCGCUGGGCUUCAUGAGCCUGGACAGCGAGGUGGAGAGGGAGAUUCCGGGGAGGAGGCGUCGCCUGCAGGACUUUGCUGUGGGACCCCUGAGACUGGAGCUACAGGGCCACGUGAGGCCAGCACAGCUAACUUUGGAGCUGGAUGACAGUGGCAGCAUAGAGUUCCGGUGCCAGGCCAGCGACCUCAUCCCCAAGCAGCCCAGCUCAGGGGUGCUAAGCGAGCUGGUGCUCACACGGCACCUGAAGCUGAACAAUACCACGGAGAUCCCACACUACUUCCGGCUCCUGGUUUCCAGACCUUUCUCCAUCUGUCAGGACGGUGCUGGCUGGAGCCACGAGGAGGAGACCAUCUCAGUGAGCAAGCAGCUGGUGCUCCAGCCACAAGAGAACAUGCUGGUGCACCUGUGCUUCUCACUGUCUCUGGAGCUGCUGUCCUAUCAGAGGCUCCCAGCUGACCAGAUGCUGCCCGGGGUGGACAUCGUGCGCAGCGCGAGUGGGGAGCGAGAAAUGGUGUUCACACAGAGCCUGCGCCUGGAGUACGGCAAGCAGACUGCUCAGGAGGUGCCCCUGCGGGCCAUGGUGGCUGUGCCCGAGCUGCAGCUGUCCAGCAGCUGGCUGGACUUUGGGACGUGCUUCGUGGGCCAGCAGCAUACCCGGGAAGUCAACCUGAUGAACCUGAGCGGCUGCCGGAGCUACUGGGCCGUGCUGAUGGGGCAGCAGGAGCCAGCUAAGGAUGUGAGAGCCUUUGAGGUGUCCCCGAACAGCGGGGUACUGGAGGCGCGGACCCCAAACGCACCCCCGACCACCACCACCUUGCAGGUCUUCUUCACGGCCAGGAGCUGCGAACUGUACCAGUGUACGCUGGUGGUGGACGGCAUGCUAGGCGAGGAGGCUUGUACCCUGCGGAUGUGUGGCCAGGGCUCUCGCGAUGAGAGAUUUGUGACCACGCUGUAGCUCUGAUGCUUGCCCGGGCAGGGACCGUGCGGGGAGCUGGGGCCAGGGCGAUGGCUCUGGGUCUACGGAGAGGUCACCUGGCUGCUUAACAGCCUGCUGGGAAGUCAGAACUGUGAUGGACGGUGCAGAAGGAAGGCAGAAAUCAGCCCGGAAGGAAGCCACACCCCAAGAGGAUGACAUUUACUGCAGCCAUGGUCUCCCUUGUCCACGAGGUGCUGUCCCUGGGCA